AUGGAGGAUGAAAUAAGCGAUGUUCAGCCGUCUGAAGUUCGGUUUAUCGAAACCCUUAAGGAAGGCCACAAUUCCGCCAUUUUCAAAGUCGAACUUCGAGUUACUAAGAUCGACCCAAGGCUUUGGCCGGAUCUGUAUAUGUUUCAUAACGAUGAACUGCCAGCUGAUGCCAUCUUCAUCGAAUAUGUUCCCAACAUGCACGAGAUAGAUCUCUCCAAUUUUUCGAGGGAAAGGAUGGCCAAGCUGCGCGAAAUUCUCCUCGAGUUUCAUAAGAUAGGAGUUGCUCAUGGCGACACAUAUCCCAGGAACAUGAUGAUAGCUCCUGGGUCACCAGGCAAAGAGGAUCGGGUAUUGUGGGUUGAUUUUGAUUCAGCCCAGACCCUACAACCAGAGAACCUGUCGGAGAUAGAUAGGGAUUGGAUUCAUGAAGAAACCGAAAUGAUGGAUUACUUUUCAGAAGGACUGGCAAAGGAUUUCGAAGGGGGUCAACUGAACAUUGUGCGGUCUUGCUAUUAUUCUUAA